GAUCAAAUUUCCGGAUUUUUUUAGACUUAAUUUAACACUAAUAAAAAAACUAUUCAAAUUAUAGUUUUUUCCGUAUUUGGAAACAGUUUAUUAGGAAAAAAAAAGUUUUUUAUAAAACACCUAGUAAUAAAAUAGGUUUUUGUUUUUUGGAUUUUUCACCAAAUUCAAAAUAUUCUGUAGACUAAUUUCUUAAUUUUUUCGACAUGCUCCUUUUACCCAGUAAACUUGCCAUGCAUGGUCCAUGCAUGGGAUUCAUCGGUUGAUGACCGGCACCACCGCGCCAGUGAUGCCGGUCAUCAACCAAUGGUUGGCCAAUGUUUGUGAUAAAAUAAAGGUUUUGCGUUUGCGCAUGUGCUAUUCUAUAAAGUUUGCCAUCUUAGUUUUUACCUUACGUCAGUUUCCUUAUUACUUUUUAAGUAUUGAUCAGUGUUGCCAACUGGCAUUUUUUAAUGCCAAAAUUAGUAAAAUUGGCAUUAUUUUAACAUGUUUGCAUUUUUUGGCAUUUUGGCAUUAUUUUGGCAUUUUGGCAUUUUUUUUGGCAUUUUUAAAGAAACUGUUGAAUUGAUUUUUUUUUCAGUUAGUUAGUAUUUAAUUUGUAUUAGAACAUUAAGCACAAUGUCGAGGGUAAAUUCAAGAAAGUACCUUGAAAAAUGGGAAGCGGAUUAUCCUUGGCUUAAAAAAAGCUCUGAUGGUACUGAAUCAGCAUUCUGUACCCUUUGUCGUGUAACUAUACAACCACGGAAAUCGUCUGUAGAACAGCACAGUGGUACUUUUAGACAUGCUUCAAGAGAAAAGCAUCUUAACACAAAAAGCCAGAUUACGUUUCCUUUAGUAUCAAAGAAAGCAGACUGUGAAGCAGAUAUUUCAACGAUAAAUCACCUUGGAGAAAUCAUUUCUCUUUAUGGAAAAAAUAGUCCCCUUGAAAACCUUCGUCUGCAUCGAACCAAAUGUACCCAAAUUAUUAAAAAUGUAAUUUCUUCAUCAAUCGAAUCAGAAAUUUCUGAAUCAAUGGCAGAUAAACCUUUUCCCAUCCUGAUUGAUGAAUAGACUGAUGUUUCUUUGACAAAACAUCUUUGCAUUUGUGCUCGAUACUAUUCAGAUGAACAGAAAUCAGUUAUCGAUGACUUUCUUGGUUUAGCUGCUGUGAUAUCAACCACUGGUGCAGAUCUUUUUGCUGUUUUGGAAACAAAGUUGACGUCUGUUGGAUUGUCUUUAAAAAACUGCAUUGGGUAUAGCUCAGACGGAGCUUCAAAUGUCAUUGGAUUUCACAAUUCGGUUUGGUCUCGUGUUCGGGCAGUCUCUCCUAAUUGUCUCUCUAAUAAUAAUACCUAAUAU